AAAUGUACGCUCCUGCAUGUGUUAUGUCAAUAUUUAUUGCUGCAGAAGCCCUACCUCCCCAACCCACGCCAGCACUCCCACCCCAACCGCCAGCCCCACAACCACAGCCGGCUCCUCAUCAACCAAGGCAACGGAGGCGUGCUAGGCCACCAAUUUUCCGAACCCGUGUCCUACUUUUUGGUAUGCCAGAUGAUGUGGUGGUGCGUAGAUACAGGCUGCCACCACAUCUAAUCCUAGACACUCUCUCCAUAAUAGAGAGUGAUCUGGAGUCUGAAAUUCGGUAUCCUACAGCAAUACCACCAUUGACACAAUUCCUUGCAGUGUUACAUUUUUUGGCUACAGCCUCAUAUCAGCAUGUUGUGGGAGACCUGGUUGGCAUGUCGCAGGGCCAGUUCAGUAAGGUCCUGCGGCGUGUCUGCCAGGCUUUCCUAAAGCGGGUGAAGCAAUUCAUUGAUAUGCCUUUGGAUGUUGGUGCCCUAGAUGUGGUGAAGCGGCAAUUUGAGGAAGGUGGUAGUCGCUUCCCACAUGUUAUUGGGGUUGUGGAUGGCACACAUGUUGCUAUUCAGCCACCAAGACAUAAUGAAGAAUUUUAUAGAAACAGGAAACUGUUUCAUUCUCUGAAUGUAAUGGUUGUUUGUGGGCCAUCCCUCCAGAUCCUUUCCCUGAAUGCAAAAUUUACUGGAAGUUCACAUGAUGCAUAUGUCAUUAGACAAUCAGGGAUAUGGCAGAGAUUAAGAUCAAGUCAACGAGCAGACAUGUGGUUAUUGGGAGACCGUGGAUAUCCUUGCACCCCCUGGCUCAUGACUCCUUACCGUAAUCCCAGGCCAGGACCACAGAUGGCAUUUAACUCCGCGCUUACUGCCACUAGGCAGCUGGUGGAGCGCACAAUUGGUGUCCUUAAAGGGCGGUUUCGUGUGCUCCACCGCACUGGUGGCGACAUCAUGUAUUCGCCAGAGAUGGCAAGUAAAAUAGUGGUCCUGUGCGCAAUACUACAUAAUAUCGCGGUAAGGAGUAGUGUAGAGCUUCCUCAGGCAGAGGAAUUGCCUGAUGAGGAGCCAGGGGUUGUUCGACACUUCGGUGGGGGGAGUGUUACACGGAGGGGGAGCCAAGUGAGGGCAAGGAUUGUUGCCGAAUAUUUCAGGUAUAGUGUUUUGAUAUUUUCUAGUUUUAAAAAUUUUAAAACACAGUAUGCUUAUGUUUUUUUAACAAUGAUGACAUUUUGUAUGAUAUUGUAAAGUGAUUGUGUAAGGCUUUUGUUGUGUUG